GUAUUGUUAUUAUGCAGACAUAUGCUGCUGUGCGGGGAAAAAAACGUCUCUGGGAAGAGUCGUCCGGUUUUUGUAGUGCGCUCAAGUCGUUUUACUGCCGUUGUGCAUUAAAUUGUCUUAGUAGCGAGCACAAAUCGCGUCCUAGCAGGACAUCAAAUGAACGACAACAUUCCAAUAUACUUUGUGUGAGAAGCUUUGUCAGACAACACCCCUUCAAAAUAAAGGGUAACGUGUCUCGGUCUUUAUGCCAUCAUAGAGCCUACGAUCAUUUUAUUUUGAAAAUAACCACAAGAAGUUGUAUUCCGCUGCAAUAUCGCUUGUCACGCCGUAAUCGGGCACCGUGGGUAGGCGCUUCAUAAGGAAGUGUAGGCCAAUGGAGGGGGCCGUCGGCUGUGGCUAGUUCCAACUCGUGAUUUGGGAAAGACGCCGCAUACCGGAAGGCCGGGAGAACGUCUUCCUGGCCGAAAACAAAAACACCAUGUACUGUUAAAAUAUCACAGGACAGUCGCCGAGGAACAUGGAGCCGACAGCGAGGGAGAGUCCGAUUUGCUGUGGCCCCUCUGUCAUAGCUGUAUCUUAAUUGUGGAUUAUUUGGACGCGUUGGCGCCGCGGAACCUUUUGUUCGUGUUUUUUUUUUUUUUUUUCGUGGAGACAACCGGGCUUUCCCUGCGCUUCGCCGUCGUUCUUCAGAAAUGACAGCACCAGAGUCGGCUCUUCUCAUCUCGUAGCCGAGCAUUUGUCCACAAAUGGACUCCUAGCAGUUGUUUUUUCCCUCCCCAGCUUUUGCUUGGUGUACAGCAGCCAAAGCAGUCAUGUUUGCCGUACGCAUCGUCAAUGCAGACUACUACCUGGCAAGUCCCAUUAAAGACCUGGACGUGUGUUAUUCAGAGUUCAGGAAAAACGACGUGAAGAAGGUGCCGGUGGUGCGGAUAUUUGGAGCAACGCCCGCAGGUCAGAAGACAUGUCUCCACCUUCAUGGAGUGUUCCCAUACAUCUAUAUUCCGUACGACGGUCACGGACAGCAGCCGGAACCGUACCUGCGUCUGGUGGCCUUCAGCAUUGACAGAGCGCUCAACGUUGCCAUGGGAAACCCCGCUUCCGAGGUCCAGCACAUCUUCAAGGUGGUGCUGGUUUCUGGCAUGCCUUUCUAUGGUUACCACUCCAAGGAGAAGCACUUUAUGAAGAUCUAUUUGUACAAUCCUCAGAUGGUCAAAAGGGUUUGUGAACUGUUGCAGAGCGGAGCGGUGAUGAACAAGAUUUACCAGCCCCACGAGGGCCACAUCCCAUACCUGCUGCAGCUUUUCAUCGACUACAACCUGUAUGGCAUGAACCUGCUGAACCUCGCGGCGGUUAAGUUCCGCCGACUCAAAAACGAAGGGGAUGUGCCGGCAGACCCGGACCAGCAGACCCCCGUCAUUCAUUCCGGCAACAGUCCCUGGAAGAGCCCGUGUACAUCCAAAUUCAACGACAGCACCCUCGGGGGCACCUUUGGCCGCUGGGAAGAGAAUGCCAUUCCAUGCUCCCUCGUCCUGGAUGAGGUGGCGAGGCAGAGCACCUGCGAGCUGGAAGUUGACGCCGUUGCUGUAGAUGUGCUCAACCGUCUCGAGAUUGACAAUCAAAUCGGAAGGAACCCCGGCCUACAAGCAAUCUGGGAGGAUGAGAAGCAGCGGAGGAGAGAAAAGAACAGAGACUCUCAAAUUGAAACCCCAGAGUCGCAAGAGCGUGCAUUUGUCACUUCAACUGAGAGUGAGCAAAUUUUCCUGAAAAGAUUCAAGCAGCUUCUGAAGGACAAUGAGUUCGAUGUGACGCCGGCUUCCCCUGUGAGUGACGGAGAGGCUUUCGGUGAUCUCACCCUGCAUUCUUCUCUCCAUUUGACACCGGAGGAAGCGCAGUGUACACCUGCUUCAGCUGUGGAGGUGCACAGGGACUCUGAGCCAGAAUUUGUGAGCAGUCCAGGCAAGAUCCCAGAGGAGGCUGUUGUUGAUGAGGAGGCCAUUUUAUGUCUCCUGGAGAGCAGUCAGAGCUUCCUACCGCCCUCUCAGACGUCCAACCACUCACCUUUAUUAGAUAGCAGCCAAGACCGCGCCAUGAUUGAACUGCUGGCAGGCUUGGCGGAUGACUGCAGGACCGCCGGUCUGCACAAUUCACAGUCCCAGUCCCUUGCGGGUACCAAAAGCUGCCACUACAACAGCGACGAUGAGGAGGCAAAGCCCGAGUUGGACAAGGAAGAGGCACAGCUCAGUCUGACAAUGUCACAACGAUGGGACAGCGAGCCCCUCGAAAGCUCCCCUUUUCCCAGGUCUGCUGGCAAGGAGGCGCAGGACAGCAUCAGUGAUGAGCAUCGGGAAUCCUCUGACGACGACAUGGAGUGGAGCGCUAAUAAUUCUUUAUUUGCUAACUUGUCCAUCCCCCAAUUUGAUGGGGCAGCGGAUGAGAGCAGCGAUUCAUCCUUAACAGACAGCGGCUCCAGAAGCCAGUCUUCCCUUCUCGUCACCGAGAAGAUGAUCAUGAAAAGAACUCAUAUCCCAGGAGAGAGCGUCCACCUGGAAGCCCCCUCCUCAGCCAAGAUCUUUCUGGAGUGUCAACACCCGGAGCACAGCAGCCCGGUCCACGCGCUGGACAAGGAGCAACCGCUCGACAAACACUUUCAGUCAAAGAGCAGUCAGGAGAGCGGGAGCGAAUGUUCAACAGGCUUCAAAGUGACGACCAAAGUUCCUUCCAUCCCACCGGUCAAACACCCGAUUCCCUGCAAAACAAUCAGCCAACCGGAGGCAUCCGCCAUCUGCGUGGACAACGAGGACAUUCACCCGCCGUUCAGCUUUGACAAGCAAGCGUUGGAUCGAGCCGAUCUCGAAAGCUUCCAGUUUCACAACAAUCAGCUCACAAAAAGACGAAAGAGCAUGACCGCCGUGGAAACAAACUGCCUGUCCAUCCUUCAGAACCACAGGGCCUUUUCCCUCUGCUACUCAGAGUUGAGAAACCGCUCCACCAAGACAGACCUUGACCUGAGCCAGUUGGAGAGGCGCAGCCCCCUCCUGAGGACCAUUUCCUCGGCGCCUCCGACUCUCGAAAGCGAGGUGUUUCUGAACCCUCAGGAGGGCGAGAUGAGCAAAGAUGGCCAAGAGGGGGACGUCGGCGAGCUCAAAAUCAGGUAUGAGGACUAUCAGGAAAAUAAAACGGAAAAGACCAUCGUCGCCCAGCAGGAAGCGCACUACAAGUUCUUCCCAAGUGUCAUUCUCUCCAAUUGCCUCAACCGGAAGAAACCUUUCGGCAAAAAGCUGCCGGAUUCGUGCGGCAAAAUAGAACAGACCCACCAUCGCAGGUCCAGGCUCAAAUUAAAUAAGAAAAGAUUGUCGGGGCCCAGGAACAAAUUGAACGUGGAUGAAAGCUGCUCCUCCGACAGCCAGGUUAGCAUCGGUUGCACCUCGGUCACGCCUGAUCGUCCAGGGAUCGGGGACACGGAAAUGCUGGUCUGCGAUGAGAAUUCAGUGCGGCCAGAGUCCCUUGUCGGCGAGCCCGUCCGAGGGGAAAAGCCAACCGCGCAAGACCGGCCGGACGUCGCGGGGCCGUCUGUUGGCAAACUGCCAGAAUCACCGGCCGCCUGCGCCGCCGUCGCGCCCGCUUGCUCGGCGGAAACUAAAGAUCCGCCAGAAGACGGUUUCAGGCCCCUGCAAGAUUUAGCCACCAAAGUAACUUGUACGACGGCUUCGUCCCUGCCGGGUGGUAAAUACACACUGAGGACCAAACGCAAAACGCUGUACGACGGCGACGGCGAAUAUUUGGGCGCCGCGCGGUCGAAAAACACAGCGACUGUCAAAGAGCGUCUCAAAGGUUGCAACGUCCGCAGUGGGCAGGAGCUAAAAUACCAGAAACGGCGGAAGAAGGAACCCCCGGUCAUCAUCAAGUACAUCAUCAUCAACAGGUUUAAAGGAGAGAAAAAUAUGUUGGUGAAAAUGUGCAAAGUCAGCGCAGAAGAGCAGAGGGUGACACUGACAAAAGACAAGUUGGAUCAGUACAACAAACUCGCGCCCCUAAAGGACUUCUGGCCAAAGGUGCCCGAGUCGACCGCAGUCGAGUUUCCUGUCACGGAGUCAAAGGCCAAAAAACAAGCCAAACGAAAGUCCAAAGUCAACUCCUCAAAUAGAAAAACAGUUGACGGCGUUUCCAGACUUCAAGUUGGACGAAGUGAAAGGGCAAAAAGAUCGAAGGGCUGCGAAAAGCGCCACCGUUUACCCUCUUUCCCACGUGACCGUGAGCUGGCAGACGACGAUAACGGCGACUUCGCCGAUGCUAAGUUUGAAUCGGGCCCCGCGUCCCCUCGCUGUUGGUCUCUAACGGACCCUCUUAUGAAUGCGGGGACUUCAAAGCAACUCCUGACCACCUUCAAUGAUCCGUGUCUCAGUCUUGCGCAACAAACGCCGACGUCAUCGACCAAAGGAGCUCAGAACAGGCGGAAAAACAACAGAUCGCAGAAAUCGACAGGUGCCGCAAGGAGAGACGUGACGAGUUCUGCGAUUGAGCCUCCGGAGGAAGAUGUGAAAAAACGCAAAUCUUCUCAAAGCGCCAAAGCUCCUCCAAGACAGCGGAGGAAGGCUCUGGCUUUUGUCCAACCAAUAAAAACCUCUGAAGACAUGCCCGAAGCCAGCCGGCCAUCCAAAAAGAAGCCCGCGGACCCGAAAAAUCCUGACCCAAGUGAAGACGUCGCACGGGGAGCUUUUCCAGACGGUUCCUCAUCCCCGUCUGAAAAGCUGGCAAAUCAAGGUACCAAGCGAGACCGAACGGUCCAGUCUGUGGAACCAAAGUCAGAACACGGCGAGCUCUCGGUCACGGACGUGCGGAUGAAACGGCAAGGUUGUCAGACCUCCGGCGUUAAGGUUGAGCCUCGCACGGAGGAGGCGUCUCGGGCACCGCCCCUGCAAAACGCAAAAGACGCUCGAUUCUCAAAAGCCUCCCGACGGUCGGGCCACGAGUACGGACCGGUCGCCGGUCUCUCUCAGCCCCCGUGCAGCUUGUCGGUCCUCAAGAAACUUUACCAAAAGAGUCGGCGCGGGCAGACGCAAGCGGGCGAUGCUGUCCGCCAUUCUACCGCCGAAGCUCAGCCCGGCGCGUCGCUCGAUCCCGCAACGAAACGAGGCAAACCCAAAAAACCCCCGAACGCUCCGAGAAAACCCCGGGCACCCAAAUCGACCAACCCCAAAGAUGCCAAAGGCGGGAUUCGGAAAAGCGAGCCAAACGACAGCCGGCCCCUCGUGUCGGACGGCCGCUCGCUCCUUCCGUCCGGCAAUUUGAUGGAAGACGGCCUAUCGCCGGAGCUCCCGCACAACUAUUCCUUCGACAUCAAUGCCAUCGAUCAGACCGAGUUCUCCAGCCCCUACAGCGGCACUCAGUUUGUCCUGACGGAUCAAAUGUUACCAGUCAAGUUCUUGAGCGACGCCACUCAGGAAGCGGCCUCUGCUCACGCGCUGGCCUUUGAGAAGAAACAGGGUCCGCUUUCGGGUUACGGCGAGGACCUGAAAGAGGACUCGGACUGGCACGGGGUGAAGCCCGCCAGCCCCGACCUCUUCGACAGACCCGAGCGCGGGGCGUCCACAUCCGACCACCUCACAUUCAUCGACUCGGACAAAUUCCAGAGCAGCGAUUGUGACUUGUCGUCGGGCGGCGCCCAUCCCCUCAGCCCCUUUCAAGACUUUCACUGCGAAGGAAAAGAGCUCCUAUUUUCGUCUUGCGAGCCCGUCCUCCCGCCCCCUUUAAGCUCGGCGAGCUUCGGCAGCCACGAGGGCUCUCCGACGGGCGAGCUCCUCGAGGGCAUCGACGGGCUGACGUCCGCCACGCCCGGUAGCUCCCCGUGCUCCGUCAGUUCGCUCUCUCAGGUGAGGGCGAGCCAGCUGCUGCGCGGACCAGGGGGAGGAGCCAACAUUCUGAAGCCGCUCAUGUGCCCUCCAAGCAGGGAGGAGAUCCUCGGCACUCUGCUCGACCUGGAGAUAUCGGAGGCCGCCUUCCAGGAGCCCUUCUGCAGCGAUCCCUCUGACGCGCCGGGAAAACCCAUGGAGGUUGGUGGUCGCAAGCUAGCGGUGGGAACCAGACUCGUCAAGGAGUUGAAGGAAUUCGGUGGGGAACUGUCUUUAGAGGGCCUGCAUUUCUGGAAGACCGCCUUCUCCGCCAUGACGCAUUACGCCGCCGCCCCAAGCCCACCUCAGUCGCAGCAAGAUCAGGCUGCGACUGAGCCAUCCUCCACCGGCGACAAGCAGGUCGUCCUUCUGCCCUGCAAAACGGCGCCGAGCCGCCAACGUGUGCGCUUGUGGUUGGAAGCCAGGAAGCAGUAUGAGGCUUUACAAAAGGGGAUACGACGAGCAGAGUUACUAAAGAAGGACGGCGUCGACGCGCGCGGCAACGCGGAGUCGGCUGCUCCCGACUGUUCCGCUUCCAACUUGAACCCGUGCGGGAAUCCCGGCCUCCGAACUCCGACGAGAAGGAAGCGGAACCUGUCACUCGCGUCGUCUCCCGCGAAGAAUGGCGGCUCUCGGGGGGACGCGACGGAAAUGAGUCCGAUGUCAGAUGAAGCUUCUAUCCUGCUGGAAGAGAUCGAUGAAGGAACAGAGGAGGAGCAAGCCAGUUCUCCAGAGUCCUCGGAACUGCCGUCGUGGCAGCCGCCCUCUGGUGAGUUCGCCCCAAAAAGGCGCAGCGAAAACUUCCCCGAAGCGCCGUCACCCGGACUGUCCUCGGAAAGAGCGGGUGGACAUCGUAGCCCUCCCGGCCGGAACGAAGACCAGGUGAUGGAACGUGAUCACCUUCAGAGCACGCCGUUGGUGAAGAGGCAUCUGAGAAGCCCCGAACAUCUGGAACCCGCGUGUAGCACCCCCAUAUCCAAAGAAGACCCGAUUGGUGGGAGAAUCCAGCAUCGGCGGGGAAGCCAAGCAGGACCGCUGAGAAGAGGGUUGCUUAACACACAGAUCAAGAGCCAUUUUGCUGCUUUGAACGCUCCAAAGAGAGAGAAUUCUCAGAUCGAAGGCCCCAGCAUAGCCAACUCCUACGGCUUCAAAGUCAGCAUGCAAAACUUGCAGGAUGCCAAAGCUCUCCACGAGGUCCAGCACCUGACGCUCAUGGGAAUGGAGCUUCAUGCACGAACUCGACGUGACCUCGAAGCCGACCCCGAGUUCGACCCCAUAUGUGCCUUAUUCUACUGCCUGAAUUCCGACGCUCCCUUGCCGAAUGUAGACCGCUCCCAAUUGACAGGCGCCAUCGUGGUGCAUCAAGACCACGGCGCUCGUGGCCAAGCAGGCCACAGAGCAGCAGCGCCCCUGCUGGUCAGGUCAGGCGUCUCCGGGCUGCGGGUGAAGUACGCCGCGGAUGAGACGAUGCUGUUUGAAGAACUGGUCGCCAUCAUGAGAAGGUUCGACCCAGACAUCCUGUUUGGUUAUGAGGUGCAGAUGCGCUCGUGGGGUUACCUUCUGCAGCGAGCCGCCGUUGUUGGAGUCGACCUCUGUCAACAGCUAUCGCGUGUGCCAGGUGACUCCAGAGACAACCGCUUUGCUGCAGAAAGGGACGAGUACGGAGCGGACACAAUGACUGAGAUCCACAUCAUCGGACGCAUCGUCCUCAACCUGUGGAGGGUCAUGAAAACAGAGGUGACGCUAAACAACUACACUUAUGAAAACGUGGCCUUUCAUGUGCUCCACCAGCGCUUCCCCCUGUACAGCCCCCGCACGUUGUCGGACUGGUUUGAUCACAACACCGACCUCUACAGAUGGAAGAUGGUGGACCAUUAUGUGAGCCGAGUGCACGGCACCAUGCAACUUCUGCUGCAGCGCGACGUCAUCGGCAGGACCAGCGAGCUGGCCAGAGUGUUUGGGAUUCAGUUCUUCCACGUUCUCACGCGAGGCUCACAGUACCGCGUUGAGUCCAUGAUGUUGCGGGUGGCCAAGCCGCUCAACUACAUCCCGGUGACACCCAGCAUCCAGCAACGAGCGCAGCAGCGGGCGCCUCAGUGCCUGCCCCUCGUGAUGGAGCCCGAGUCGCGCUUUUACAGCAACUCGGUGGUGGUCCUGGACUUCCAGUCGCUCUAUCCCUCCAUCGUCAUCGCGUACAAUUACUGCUACUCCACUUGCCUCGGCCACGUGGACGACUUGGGAACGACAGAUGAGUUUAAGUUUGGCUGCACCUCCUUGCGCGUUUCCCCGCAACUCCUCUACCAGCUUCGAAACGAUAUCAGCGUGUCACCCAACGGCAUCGCCUUCGUCAAGUCGUCGGUGCGGAAAGGCGUCCUUCCCAGCAUGCUGGAGGAAAUCCUGCGCACGCGCAUCAUGGUGAAGCAGUCGAUGAAAGCCUACAAGCAAGAAAAAGCGCUGAUGAAGCUGCUGGACGCUCGUCAGCUCGGACUCAAGCUCAUCGCCAACGUCACCUUCGGCUACGCCGCGGCCAACUACUCUGGACGCAUGCCCAGCGUGGAGGUGGGAGACAGCAUCGUCCACAAAGCCCGAGAAACUUUGGAGAGAGCCAUCAAGCUGGUCAAUGACACGAAAAAGUGGGGAGCGCGCGUGGUGUAUGGAGACACCGACAGCAUGUUCGUCUUGUUGAAAGGCGCCACCAAAGAGCAGGCCUUUAAGAUCGGCGAAGAGAUCGCCGAGGCGGUGACCGCGACCAACCCAAAGCCAGUCAAGCUGAAAUUUGAGAAGGUGUACCUGCCCUGCGUGCUGCAGACAAAGAAGCGCUACGUGGGCUACAUGUACGAGAGCCUCGGCCAAAAGGAGCCGGUCUUCGACGCCAAAGGAAUCGAGACGGUACGACGCGAUGGCUGCCCCGCUGUUUCCAAGAUUCUGGAGCGCUCCGUCAAGCUGCUCUUUGAGACGCGGGACAUCAGCCAGGUCAAGCAGUUUGUUCAGCGCCAGUGCGUGAAGGUUCUGGACGGGCGGGCCAGCGUGCAGGACCUCACUUUUGCCAAGGAAUACAGAGGCGGCGCCUCCUACCGGCCCGGUGCCUGCGUCCCUGCGCUGGAGCUCACCAGGCGCAUGAUGGCGUACGACCGUCGCCUGGAGCCUCGCGUGGGGGAGCGCGUGCCCUACGUCAUCGUGUACGGGAUGCCCGGCGUGCCGCUCAUCCAGCUCGUCCGCCGGCCCCUGGAAGUGCUGCAGGACCCCGGCCUCCGCCUCAACGCCUCCUAUUACAUCACCAAGCAAAUCCUGCCUCCGCUGGGCCGCAUGUUCCAGCUGAUUGGUGUCGACGUGCUCAGCUGGUACCAGGAGCUUCCCCGGAUCCAGAAGGCCUCGUGCUCAUCAGGCGUCGGCGGCGAGGGCGUUGCGAGGAAGGGCACCAUUUCGCAGUAUUUCACCACGCUCCACUGUCCCGUGUGCGACGAGCUCACCCAGCUGGGCGUGUGCUCGCGCUGCCGGGCGUCGCCCCAGCGCGUGGCCGUCACCCUCCAGCAGGACAUCGGACAACGAGAGAGAGAACAGGACCGGCUACUCGAGAUCUGCAAGAACUGCAGCGGCUGCGCCGAGCGGCAGGUGCCGUGCGUGUCGCUGGACUGCCCCGUCCUCCACAAGCUGACUCGGGUGAGCCGGCAGCUCUCCAAGGCGCCGUACCUCCGACAGCUGCUCGACGACUUGUGACCGCCACCCGACGUGGCGGCUCACUUUGGUGCUAACGGCCGCUCCGCCGCCGCCGCCAUCAUCAUCAUCAUCAUCAUUUCGGUGUUGACUUCCAAACAUUUCAACGGUGCUUCAACUGAACCCUGCUGGGUUGUCAUCGUGUCCCGUUACCUACUCAAGAGUAUUUGUUAUACAAGUAUCGUCUCGUUUGAACCUCCCUCAUAGGGCAUCACUACGUUUCAUUCAAUCCGUGCUUAUUUGUUGAUUGUGGCUGUCGCCAGCUGCUGCGGCCAAGCUGAGGCCCCCUCCCCCCUUCCCCCCA